AUGACGGGCUGCUUGGCUUUGGUCUUGUGUGUGGCAGCCCUGACUGCAUGGAGAGUCACUGCAGAUGCCAAGGAGUUAUCCAUCACCACCAUAAAGCAAGAGCCGUACACCAUGAGCCGAGGCUCCGAGCUGGAGGGCUACUGCAUCGAUCUGAUCUCUGAACUCUCCAGGGAGCUCGGCUUCAAGUACAAACUGAACCUGGUGAAGGACAACCGCUACGGAGCCAUGGACAACAGCGGCACCUGGAACGGCAUGAUAGGUGAAAUCAUCAGAGGGGAGGCCGACCUGGCGGUGGCCCCGCUGACCCUCACCGCAGUCAGAGAGAUGUAUGUGGACAUGACCACCCCAUUCAUGCAGACGGGCAUCAGCUUCAUCCUGCGCAGAGACCUGGCCUCUGAAGAGAGCGGCUUUAGCCUGCUGGCGCCGUUCUCCACCGACAUGUGGGUCGGCAUUCUCAUCGCCUUCCUGCUGACAGGUCUCUGCAUAUUCCUGGUGGGCAGGAUCAGUCCCACUGAAUGGGCGGAGUCAGACGGAGAGGAGCACAGCUUCACAUUGCUGCACAGCUUCUGGUACAUCACAGGAGCCCUCACCCUGCAAGGUGCUGGUCCUCACCCUAAAGCCCCGUCUGGACGUGUAGUCAGCGCCAUCUGGUGGCUGUUUGCUGUACUGCUUCUGGCCUGCUACUUUGGCAACUUCAACUCCAUGCUGCACUCCAACAACAAACAGGUCUCCAUCAGGACUUUCGAGGACCUGGCGAAGCAGGACGUGAUGGACUAUGGCACAGUGGAGGCUGGAUCCACCAUGUCUUUCUUCAAGAAUUCAAAGAACCCUGUGUACCGGCGCAUCUAUGAGCACAUGGAGCGUAAGAAGAGCUACGUGUCCAGCAUGGAUGAGGGCGUCCGCCUCGCCCUGGAGGGAAACUUUGCCUUCAUUGGUGAGGCCGUGUCCUUGGACUUGGCGGUGGCCCGCAACUGUAAACUGAGCCGCGCAGAGGAGGCCAUCGCCAUGAGAGCUUACAGCAUCGCAGCACCUCUGGGCUCCCCGCUGGUCAAAAACCUGACCUUGGCCAUCCUGAGGCUCAGUGAGUCUGGUGAGCUAACUUAUCUGUGGCAGAAGUGGUGGGCCAGCAGCUGUGUAGCCGGCAACCGGGCCCAAACCUCCGAGGCCCUGCGGCCUCACGACCUGCGGGGCCUCUUCCUCCUCCUGGGCCUGGGACUUGGCGUCGGGCUCCUGCUGGCCCUGCUGGAGCUCGUGUCCAGGGCCCGCAACCAAGCUAAGGAUGGCAAGAAAUCGUGCUGCUCCGUGUUGACAUUAGAGCUAAACCGGCGUUUUGGCAGCAAGGGGGAGAGUACAGAGCAAGACGACUCAGACAAAAGCAAAGCCUAA